AUGAAGACGACGACGACGACGACGACACAGAAUGCUAUUGCUGGUAGCGCUGGUACUAGUUAUACUAGUAGUAGCAAGCGAUCGGCGCUCUCAGCAGUGAAUCCCAACACGAUUGGUAAGAGCACAUGUACGAGUACGAGCACGAGCAAGCCAAGUGACAAGAAGUCCUCCAAGAAAGUCAAGCAGCCGUUCGGAGCAGCCACUACUACUACUUCUACUACUACUACUAGUAGCUUGCCGUUCGACUUUUCCAAUAGCGAAGCUUGCAAGUCUUUCUACGCGAUGCUAGACAAAGACAAUCAAGAACAAGCCGAGCAAAUCGCCGCUCGAAAAUUGGCGCUCCAGCUCAAAAGUCCGCAAAAACAGAAAAGACUUAUAAGCACUCCAAAAAGACUUAUGGGCACAACUACUGGUAGUCCGACUGUGGAUGCCGUGAUGCAGGACUUUUCUUUCGACACCAAUGCCCACGACGAUCAAAUAAUGGCUCAUCUAGCCGAAACUGCAUUGCAAAACAUUCACAAUCAUUCCAACACUGAAUCCACGCGCUGCAAGACCGUCUUGAACAACUUACAUGGAGUGCACCAACAAAAGAAAAAGAACAGCAAGAUUCACCAGGAUCUCACACUACAACACAUUCUACAAAACCCAAACAAGUACCUCAAUAAUAAUUGA